GACACUUACGGGAAGUGUGAUGAUGAGGCAGUUACUUUGUUGAGAAUGAAUACUUGGAGGGGUAGAAGCCUAGCACACUAGUUACAGUAUUCAGGGAAGAUCAUGGCGGCGGUGGAGGUGAGUGUGAGUAGCGGCAGUAGUGACACAUCUAGCACCGGCGAAGAGGAGAGGAUGAGGCGGUUGUUUCAGACUUGCGACGGUGACGGUGAUGGAUACAUCAACAGGAAUGACCUGCUAAUGGUGUGCAGACAGCUAAACAUGGAGGGGUCUGUGGCAGAGAUCAUGGGCCAGCUGGGAGCAGACGAGCGAGGCAAGAUCUCCUUUGAGGACUUCACCCGCUGCCGCAUGCAGCUGGUCAAUGAGAUCCGUAGGGAAGAGGGCGAGAUCUCCCAAUGCUCCCAGGACUCUGACACUAGGAAGCUCAGGGAACACAUCGCCUCCUGGCCAACCAGUAGCGAGAUUAGCAGGGGGGCCUUGUCAGGAGCCAGAGAGAGCUGGGAGUACUACUCUGGGGCCCGGGACCUUCAGAGUACAGACAUCCAGCCUCAGCAGACACAGAACCAGCAGCAGCCAGCCAUCCUCCAGAAGCUCCUGGAACAGCCUGGGACUGUCCUAGAACAGCAGGCUGCUCUUCAUAAACUCCUGGCCCAGACCAGCACCCGCUGUGCUCCCCUGGGGGGAAACUACCUGGAGCUGGCCAACACACUCCACCUGGCAGCCCUGGCCUCAUUGAAGGGGGACGUGGUGGAGCUGAACAAGCGGCUGGUGCAGACGGAGAGAGAGCGAGAGAUGCUGGAGAAGAGACUGGCCAAAGCACAGUGUGAGCAGUCCUAUCUGAUGCGGGAGCAUGAGGACGUUCAGGAGCGGACCACCCUAAGAUACGAGGAGAGGAUCACAGAGCUGCACAGCAUCAUCGCUGAGCUCAACAAGAAGAUAGACCUGCUACAGGGCUCUACCAUCAGGGAGGAGGAUGAGUUUUCGGAGCUGCGUUCAGAGCUCAGCCACAGCCAGCAGGAGGUCAACGAGGACGGACACAGCCUGGACCAGGACGGGGCGUCCGUCUCACUGCCUGAAAACCACUCCACCCUGGUGACCUCCGACAUGGACAACUGCAGUGACCUGAACUCGGAACUGCAGCGGGUUCUGACGGGGCUGGAGAGCGUUCUGUGUGGGAGAAAGAAGAGCACAUGCAGCCUGUCUGUGGCCGAGGUGGACCGCCAGAUAGAGCAGCUGACCACCGCCAGCGAACACUGUGACCUCGCCAUCAAGACGGUGGAGGAGAUCGAAGGGGCCCUGGGCCGGGACUUCUACCCCAGCCUGUCGGAGGAGCGGGUGCGCUGGGAGAAGGAGCUGGCAGGCCUGAGGGAAGAGAACGAGAGCUUGACAGCCAUGCUGUGCUCCAAGGAGGAGGACCUGAACCGCACCAAGGCCACCAUGAACGCCAUCCGGGAGGAACGCGACCGCCUGAGACGACGGGUGCGAGAACUGCAGACGCGUCUCCAGAGCUCCCAGCCUGCAGGCCCGUCCAGCCCUGGGCGUCUCACCCCCGCCUCCCGCCCCAUCAAUCCCAGCACUGGGGAACUCAGCACCAGCAGCAGCAGUAACGAUAUACCUGUGGCCAAGGUGGCAGAGCGGGUGAAGCUGUCUAAAACCAGGUCAGAGUCUUCCUCUACUGAGAGGCCUGUUCUGGGAUCAGAGAUCAGCAGCAUCGGGGUGUCCAGUAACGUGGCGGAACACCUGGCCCACUCCCUUCAGGACUGCUCCAACAUCCAGGAGAUCUUCCAGACCCUCUACUCCCACGGAUCAGCCAUCUCUGAGAACAAGAUCAGGGAGUUUGAAGUGGAGACAGAGAGACUCAACAGCCGCAUCGAGCAUCUGAAGUCUCAGAAUGACCUGCUGACCAUCACGUUGGAGGAGUGUAAGGGCAACGCAGAGAGGAUGAGCAUGCUGGUGGGCAAAUACGAAUCUAAUGCCACCGCCCUGCGACUGGCACUGCAGUACAGUGAACAGUGUAUAGAGGCCUAUGAGCUGCUGUUAGCCCUGGCGGAGAGUGAACAGAGCCUGGUACUUGGCCAGUUCAGAGCUGCCGGAGUGGGGACUGUAGGUGAGCAGUCGGGAGAGGAGAGCAUCACUCAGAUCCUGAAGAGGGCCCACGACUGCAGGAAGACAGCAGAGAACGCAGCCAAGGAUCUGCUGGGCAGGCUGGACGGUAGCUGUGGAGCUGCAUUCGCUGUGACCGGCUGCAGCGUUCAACCAUGGGAGAGCCUGUCCUCUAAUAGUCACACUAGCACCACCAGUUCCACGGCCAGCUCAUGCGACACUGACUUCUCCAGGGAGGACGAGCAGCGGCUGAAGGACUACGUGCAGCAGCUGAAGAAUGACCGCGCGGCGGUCAAACUGACCAUGCUGGAGCUGGAGAGCGUUCACGUCGACCCCCUAAGCCUGGAGAUCAAGCCCCGGGGAGACACACACAGGCUGGACCUGGAGAACGCUGUGCUGAUGCAGGAGCUCAUGGCCAUGAAGGAGGAGAUGGCAGAGCUGAAGGCCCAGCUCUACCUGCUGGAGAAGGAGAAGAAGGCGGUGGAGCUGCGGCUGAGCACGCGGGAGGCCCAGGAGCAGGCCUACCUGGUGCACAUCGAGCACCUCAAGGCUGAGGUGGAGGAGCAGCAGGAGCAGCGCAGGAGAUCCCUCGGCUCCACUGGGAGUGGUAGUAAAGACAAGAGCCAAGCCGCCAAGGAUUGUGGAGACUCUCCAGCCAUCAGCUUGUCAGAUCUGAGGACACUUAAUGACAGCGACCUGGCAGCAGAGCUCACCAGCGCACUGAGACGAGAGAAGAAGCUGAAGGGGCGUGUCCAGGAGCUGGUGGCAGCGCUGGAGAGACUAACCAAGAGCAGCGAGGUCCGCCACCAACAGAGUGCCGAGUUCGUCAACGACCUCAAACGGGCCAACAGUAACCUGGUGGCAGCAUACGAGAAGGCCAAGAAGAAGCACCAGGGCAAGCUGAAAAAGCUGGAGGCUCAAAUGAUGGCCAUGGUGGAGCGCCACGAGACCCACGUCCGCAUGCUCAAACAACGCAUCGCCCUGCUGGAGGAGGAGAACUCACGGCCACACACCAAUGAGACGUCCCUAUGAGAACUCACCAGACAUCUCUAUGAGAACUCACCAGACAUCACUAUGAGAACUCACUGGACAUCACUAUGAGAACUCACAAGAAUACAUGGCAAUGAGAGACGUCACUAUGAGAUCUCACGAGAACUCACUAGGAGAACUCAAAGCUCCACACCAACAGGACCUUCGUGUGAGCAUUAUUAUGAGCAACGGUUAGAGGAGGGGACGAGGGAGAGGAAAGACUGAUGUGUGUUGAGAAUGUAACCCUUUCCUACCAACCCAGAGAUACCCUGCAGUCCUAUUGGGCACAUACACGUGUGGGAGGACACUGAGGUGAUAGCUGCAAGCUCAUUAGCCAGCUGAUGGACUGGUAGAACUGCCAGGACCUAUCAGAGUUGACGCUACAAAUGAACGCUACGCUAUCAAUCAUCUCUGGAGAACAACACGUAAUUAUAAUGUACUUUUUUUGAAAGCACUACUAUCCUUACUGGUAAAUUAAUCGCUAUUAUGUCUCCCACUUUAUUUCAUAUGUUUAUGGUCGUCUUUAGUAGCCUUUUUGUUAUCUCAAGGUUUGACUGCAAAUUAUUUGGAAAAUAUUUUAGAUCGAUGUUGUCAUUUAAAGUUAUUCCUUUUUGUUGCCAUUUGGCACUAUUUUGAGCGAUUCCCUUUUUAAGGAAUUCCAUUCUCUCAGCUCUACUUAACAACUUCACAGUUUUCCGUCUACAAUGUACACUCUGCCAUAGUGAAGACUCACUGAACACAAGGGCUCUAUUCACUCAAACCUUUCACUUGGUUUGACGUCUGAAUAUGUCAAAAACAUAAUUAUUCUUCAACUGUCAUUUGAAUUGUCACACAGGUAAAAAUGUUGUCUUUGACGUAACUGGCAAGCCUGCUUCCCAGAUUGGGAUAGGGCUCUAAGUCAAUACCUCACAGUGUGCAAAAUGUCCUUCCAAUAUGAAUGGCAGUGUUUCAGCACGGGCCUUGAACUGUACAGCAGUGAAUCAAUCGCAAAAUACUGUAGUAGGUGUGUGCAUGGAGGGGAGAUAACAAUAGGGUUUUGUGUGUGUGUGUGAGAGAAUGUUUGAGACAGAGAUACAAGAUUAUGCCUUGUCAUCCCCUUCAUACACACAGAGUUGUUGUACACACACAAACAUCCUUUCCAGCCGCAGCACUUUUCACUUCCCGCUGGAUAAUAUCACCACAUUGCCUUGUUGAGGACUCUUUGUUUUUCUGCAAGACUUAAACCUGCAAGACCUGUUAACCAAUGGCUGCUCCACUUUCUCUGGACGAGGGAACCACAUACUAUUCUAUAGCAAUCUGAGAUGCUGCAUUCUCUCACUCUACCUGACUGCUGUAUUGUUCAACAUACGUACUACUGUAUCUAGCUACUAUAAGUAUACUUAAGCAGGGACAGACUGGCACCCAGAUGACACCCAUGUUUCUAGAUAACCCUCAAUAGCCUGCUAUACAGACAUUUUAAUUAGGCAGGGGUGGGUCAAUUGCAUAUAAAUUCCAUCUAAUUUAUUAAUUGAAAUUGGAUUUGACAAUAUUUUUGCUUCGAUUUAUUAACCAAAUGUCCUUUUCAUUCCCUGAGUUUCAAUGUAUUAACCCCAGUCCUGCUAUUUGGUAAGACCCACAGCAUAUGAAAGCAAGCACUGGCGUGUAGACUAUUAGUGUAGUAGUGAUGUCAUUUUCUCUUAAUAAACUGAUUAUAAUAUUACUUAUCACGCAAAUACCUGUAUUCUGUUUCUGUUGCACAUCUCGACCAGACCACACUCAGGUGAAUCUGGGGAAUACUCCAGUUGAGUGGGUGGUCUCAUCUUCUGUUCUGUGAAUGAGA